CGCAGGCGGGCCGAGGCUGGAAUCGUUGCAGCCUCAGCCACCGCGGCCCGGUCCAGUGGGUUGGAGUCUCGCGCUUUCGUCGUUCGCUCUCUGGCGGGUUCACGCCUCUCUGAUGUCCUCCGGCAGCGAGGCUGGGGAAGGGGUUGGAGGGGGCUGUUGACCGCUGCCUUUAAGUUGUGCUCGGGGCGGCCAUGUCGGCCGGCGAGGUCGAGCGCCUAGUGUCGGAGCUGAGCGGCGGGACCGGAGGGGAUGAGGAGGAAGAGUGGCUCUAUGGCGGCCCAUGGGACGUGCAUGUGCACAGUGAUUUGGCAAAGGACCUAGAUGAAAAUGAAGUUGAAAGGCCAGAAGAAGAAAAUACCAGUGCUAAUAAUCCUCCAUCUGGAACUGAAGAUGAAACUGCUGAGAACGGCGUAACUAAACCGAAAGUGACUGAGACUGAAGAUGAUAGUGAUAGUGACAGUGAUGAUGAUGAGGAUGAUGUUCAUGUCACUAUAGGAGACAUUAAAACAGGAGCACCACAGUAUGGGAGUUAUGGUACAGCACCUGUAAAUCUUAACAUCAAGACAGGAGGAAGAGUUUAUGGAACUACAGGAACAAAAGUCAAAGGGGUAGACCUUGAUGCACCUGGAAGCAUUAAUGGAGUUCCACUCUUGGAGGUAGAUUUGGAUUCUUUUGAAGAUAAACCAUGGCGUAAACCUGGUGCUGAUCUUUCUGAUUAUUUUAAUUAUGGGUUUAAUGAAGAUACCUGGAAAGCUUACUGUGAAAAACAAAAGAGGAUACGAAUGGGACUUGAAGUUAUACCAGUUACCUCUACUACAAAUAAAAUUACGGCCGAAGACUGUACUAUGGAAGUUACACCAGGUGCAGAGAUCCAAGAUGGCAGAUUCAAUCUUUUUAAGGUACAGCAGGGGAGAACUGGAAAUUCGGAGAAGGAAGCAGCACUUCCAUCUACAAAAGCUGAGUUUACUUCUCCUCCUUCUUUGUUCAAGACUGGACUCCCACCAAGCAGAAACAGCACCUCUUCUCAGUCUCAGACAAGUUCUGCCUCCAGAAAAGCCAAUUCAAGCGUUGGGAAGUGGCAGGAUCGAUAUGGGAGGGCCGAAUCACCUGAUCUAAGGAGGUUACCUGGGGCAAUUGAUGUUAUUGGUCAAACUAUAACCAUCAGCCGAGUUGAAGGAAGGCGACGGGCAAAUGAAAACAGCAACAUUCAGGUCCUUUCUGAAAGAUCGGCUACUGAAGUAGACAACAAUUUUAGCAAACCACCUCCAUUUUUCCCUCCGGGAGCUCCUCCUACCCACCUUCCACCUCCUCCAUUUCUUCCACCACCUCCAACUGUCAGCACUGCUCCACCUCUGAUUCCACCACCAGGUUUUCCUCCUCCACCAGGUGCUCCACCUCCAUCUCUUAUACCAACAAUAGAAAGUGGACAUUCCUCUGGUUAUGAUAGUCGUUCUGCACGUGCUUUUCCAUAUGGCAAUGUUGCCUUUCCCCACCUUCCUGGUUCUGCUCCUUCAUGGCCUAGUCUCGUGGACACCAGCAAGCAGUGGGACUACUAUGCAAGAAGAGAGAAAGACAGAGAUAUAGACAGAGAUAGAGAUAGAGACCGAGACCGAGAUCGUGACCGAGACCGAGAAAGAGAGCGCACCAGAGAGAGGGAGCGGGAGCGUGAUCACAGUCCUACACCAAGUGUUUUCAACAGUGAUGAAGAACGAUACAGGUACAGGGAAUAUGCAGAAAGAGGCUAUGAGCGUCACAGAGCAAGUCGAGAGAAAGAAGAACGACAUAGAGAAAGACGGCACAGAGAGAAAGAAGAAACCAGGCACAAGUCAUCUCGAAGUAAUAGUAGACGUCGCCAUGAAAGUGAAGAAGGAGACAGUCACAGGAGACACAAGCACAAAAAAUCUAAAAGAAGCAAAGAAGGAAAAGAAGCUGGCAGUGAGCCUGCCCCUGAACAGGAGAGCACCGAAGCUGCACCUGCAGAAUAGGCAUGGUAUAACCUUUUGUGUAUAUUAGUGCCAGAAAUAGAUACUACAGAUCUUGUUUAUUUUUCUGGAUAAUGUUUAAGAAAUUUACCUUUAAUCUUCUGUUAGUAUAAAAACUUUUUUCCAAAAUAAAAGAGUGAAUAUUUCAUGUUAAGUUAAAAUCUUUGUUUUGUAAUAUUUAAAAAAUGAAAAAAAGAUAGCAAUGACUUUAUAUCCAAGAAAGUAAUGUGAAUGAGGCACUCAGCAGGGAGUUUCAGAGCUGUGUUCAGCUGUGUACGUACCAGUAUCUGAUGAAGGUCCCACCUUGGCCAUCGUUUCCUUGAGUUAAUCAAAUGCUAGUCAAGAGGCUACACUGCAGAAGGCAUCAAGGGUGCCCUUAAAACCAGUCUCCUAUCGUUAACGCUGUGGCACUGUUGCUUAGCAUAUUAAAGAACUUGUACAGUUUUGAUAUCACAACUUUUUGAUAGGUUUUCAGUGUUCUAAAUUGGGUUCAUGGUGAAUUGAAUGGGGAGCUUUUAUAUCUAAAAUAAUAAUGGUAUUUGGGUGGUCUCUGUGAAAUAACUUGUCCUAAGUGUAGUUUCUAGCAGGCACUGGGCACUCAUCACUGACACAAAAUUGAAUUCCCUUGUGGCCAUCUACAUGAGCCAUGGUCAAGCUGUUUUGGUUUUUCUUGAUGCUAACUAUAUUGUGAAUAAAAAAACAAGUGAGAAGAGCUUUAGUUAUUUUCUAUUAAAUCUAAGAAAAAACAAGUUUAUAAUUCUGUGAGCAUUUUCAGGGUUAACCCUUAGAAGGAAUUUGUCAGUCAGGGUAACAACAUGGUUCUGAAAGAAUUACUAGGAUCUUUUAAUAGUGAUAAUAGGAAUGAAUUUAGUAUCACAUACUUAAAGACAACUAUAAUUUAAAAAUAUUUAUUUCUCAUUUGGUGAAAGGAACAUUUUUCAGCAUUGCAUUUUUAAAAUACCCAUAAUGUACCCUUGCAGACCUCAGUAUAUACCAGAUAUUUAAUUAUAUGAUUUGAAUUCAUUUGAGGGCAUACAAACCAUUUCAGCUGUUUAAGAGCUUUUUAUUAAAUAGAAAAAUAUAAACCUAAAGUAGAGUGAUACAAAAUCCUCCACACUGAAUUAAAACUAUUAGUAAUUGUUUGUUUUGAGAAUUAUAUUUUCUGAGGUGUAAUUGGCUUUCAUUAGAUCAUACUUUUGCUGACAUUAAAGUUCACAUUUUUAUAAUGUAUCCUUUAAAUACAAAAAUUGACAAGAUAAAUAUAUUGUUUCAACUUAACUUAUUUGUGAUUUUCUGUUUUUCUAUGACCCAUCAUUCUAUAAAAAAGUGCCAGGCCAAGAAACAAUAGUAAGAGUGAUUUUUCCUUUAAGUUCUUUCAGCAUCCUUGCCAAGCAAGCAUGUAUCAUUCCUGAUGUACUUCUACCAUUGACAGCAAGAAGAAUAUCACCACAUCUAAAAAAAUAAAUAAAACAAGGCAUGUGAUUAACAUUUUGAUCCAGAGCAGAAGUUAAUUCAAGUUUGGUGGUCCUAAUUUUUGCUACAUCUAUCAACUUAAUUACAUUACUUCUCAUUAAGGUUUUUUUUCUCCCCUCCUCACUUAAAUUCUGCAAACUCUCUAUCCAUUCAGCUGCAUUAGAAGGGAUGCUAAAUGUAUAAAGCACGUUGCUAUAUGGGACCAAGUAAGUAAUCAUUUUGGAUUUUUUAGAAAUUGAAUACUACAUAAAUGUGUUCAAUUUCUUACCAAUAAAAAAGGUAUAAUAUAUGCCUUUUUUAAAGUGGGGCCAAGCUUUUACAUAUAUAAAACAAAAUAUUUGAAUGCAAGUUUUUUGUUAAAUUGUUAUUACCUGAUUCUUCCAUCAUUGUAUGCUGGUGUUCCUUCAACAAUAGAUUUGAUAAAAAAAGGUUUGUUCCCAUUGUAUUCUUCAUAACCUCCUACAAUGCAGAAGCCCAGACUUCCAGCUGUGUUUCUUCGUAAUACAACAUCUUUGCAGUUAUACAGGUACCUAAAAUAGAAUGUAAUCACUAUAUAAGCAGUUAGGAUGAACUCAGUUAAUAAUUGUGAUUCAUCUCCCAUUUCCUUCACUGACAUUUUUUAGGGUAAAUAGCACUGGAUAGACUUCACUCAGAAUUGUGUCAUAGCCCAUUGACCUUUGUGCUGUUACCUGGCUUUUCUUAAUUGAACUUGUUUUCCAUUGUUAAACACCCUUUAAAAAAUGAUACCAUCUAUUAUGUUUUGUUUAUAUGUCUACUGGGAAAGGUAAUCAUAGUCACCUUUAAGAUUAGCUUUAAAAAGAUUUAAUGCCUCAAUUCAUAUUGCAUAAAAUCUUAUAAUUUUUUAAAAUCAUUAUUGAUCUUAGAGAGAGGAAGGCAGGGAGAGAGAGGAACAUCAGUCAGUUGACUCCCAUACCUGUCCAGACCAGGGGCUGAACCCACAAUCUGGGUAUGUACCCUGACUGGGAAUUGAACCCGCCACCUUCUGGUAUACAGGACAACACUCCAACCAACUGGGCGAUAGCAUCCAGGGUGUGUAGAUAUUUUUAAUGAAGGCAAAAUUCUUUGAAUAAGUGAUUAAUCUGAGUGAAAAUUUUUUUUUAAACAAUCCUAAUUAAUGCAUUUGUUGAAAUUUUGAUUUUUGAAAAAUAUUAGUUUAUAUGUAGUUCUACAUGUUUAUAAAGGGUAUAGGGACACACAUGGCAUAAAGUGAAUGGAAAUUGUACAUUUAAAGAUAAGGAUAAUUCAUAUUAUAGGAGAGAAAACUGGCAGUAAAUGGAAUAGCAGGUUAUAAAAGGAAUGGGAGGAGACCACAGGUCUUCAGUAAAUGAGUAGAGUCAGCUAAAAUGGAAAUAUAGAUUGAAGAAACUAUUUGUUUUACUAUUUAGUGGUAGUUGGAUCAGUGUUAACAUAGGUGCAGGCUAAGUGCAGGCUUUGUUACAGUUAGGAUAGCGAUUGUAUGUCAGGAGCUGGAAUUGACUCUAAAAUCCCCCAGUCCAGAAACUGGUUUGAAAGAAAAUUAAGUUUCAUGUUGACAGAAAAGUCAAGAUACUGUUUUGUUUAUAAGCUGUACCUUAAAAUAUUAACUGCUUUUUGAAAAACCAAUAAAAAGUCUGUUGUGAAAUGUU